AUGUUCAUUGCUAAUCGCGCCGUACUCACGACUUAUGGUGCUCAUAAUCAGGUGGAUGUCAUAUCCAUGUCCAAAGAACUAGGGAAACAGCCUUGGGAAAUAGACGACGAACGUCUACCUGACCUAUGGGGGCUCAGUGCUCAAUGGCUGUUGGAUCGUGGCUAUCGACUGUACAAUCCAUGUCCAGAAAACAGAUAUGAUUCUGCAAUAUGUGAACCUCCACAAGCUACUCAAUGGGACUUCCAGCAUCCGUACGCUUUUCACGCGUACAUACCCUCUCAACCUUUCGAUGAGAUAUCAUUCCAAAGACACCUCUAUCCUGCACAGGAUGAAAAAGGCCGAGAUGUUGUUAUCAAAGCUGUAGUCAAAGGUUCUCAGGAGCUUACGAUUUUCAGGAUAUUGUUAGAAGUCCCUGAAAUCUUUGACCCACGAACAUUUCCAUCCAUCAUCCCAAUUCUGAACAUCCUCGAUACGCCUCACGAUUAUAUGUUUGUGGUCAUGCCGCGCUGGGGCCGGUCUGGAAUGGCAUUUGCCGAUGUCGCAAGCGAACUGUACCAUAGAAUUGAUCACUCUUGUUUGUAG